AUGAACAACUUUACUUCUGGAAGCACAUUCUUUCUCAUGGGAUUCACUGAUAUUCGGGAGAUCCAGAUCUUACAUGCUGUGUUCUUUUUGCUAAUUUACCUGGCUGCCCUAUUUGGGAAUCUUCUCAUUAUCACCCUCAUCACCAAGGACCAUUGCCUCCACACCCCAAUGUACUUCUUCCUGAAGAACUUAUCUUUUCUGGAUCUCUGCCUCAUUUCCAUCACUGUCCCCAAAUCUAUCAUGAAUUCUCUGAUGAAUCACAACAGCAUUUCAUUCUUUGGAUGUGUUUCACAGGUAUUUUUCUUUUUCCUCUUAGCCACUACAGAAGUAGCACUGCUCACAGUCAUGUCCUAUGACCGGUAUGUUGCCAUCUGCCUCCCACUCAGGUAUGACGUCAUCAUGAGCCACAGAUCCUGUGUGGAGAUGGCUGCCUCUUCAUGGCUCAGUGGAGGACUCAAUGCCAUCCUGCAUACAGCUUCUACCUUUUCCAUACCCAUGUGUGGGUCUCCUGAAGUUCAUCAGUUCUUCUGUGAUGUCCCACAACUGCUCUCUCUUACAUGUUCAUUUAACAUGGGGGAAUUAGUAGUCAUUGGGAUCAGCCUAGUGUUUGAUUUUGGUUGCUUUGUGUUUAUCGCUAUUUCUUACAUUCACAUCUUCUCCACAGUGCUGAAGUUGUCCUCCAGAGAAGGCAGGUCCAAAGCUUUCUCUACUUGCUUGCCUCACCUCCUUGUUGUGACUUUGUUUCUCUCUUCAGGGUUUUUUGCCUAUCUACACUCCUUACCCAAAUCUCCAUCACUCUUGGACUUGUUAAUUUCAGUAUUCUAUACUGUGGUUCCACCCACCAUGAACCCUCUCAUCUACAGUCUGAGAAAUAAGGAUAUGAAGAUAGCGCUAGGAAAACUGAGAAAGGCCAGAUACUUUCAAUCAAAUUAG